CCUCUUACACUGAACUUAAGGCAAAGCCCUAAACCAAGCAGUUCAAUCUACUGAUGAUCCAGUUAAAUCUAAAACAAUACUGAGAGAACAUAGUAGAAUUAUGUUUGGAAAGUAGGAUUCCUCAAGUAUGUGUAUCAAAGUUAUCUUAUCAUUGGACUCAGCAGGGAAAACCACUGGCAUCUUUACAGAUUCUGGAGAUGGUUUAUCACAUAUUAUGCGAACCUAUGAAGGGUACCAAAUUCCAAAAGCUAUUGAAAAGAUUCUUCUUUGCAGUAAGAGACCUUACUAAUUACAUAUUCAGAACCCUUAAAGACGAUGACUACUACUUCGAGACCAUUGUUGAGAAGGAAGAUGCUAGAGAGAUUAAAGAGAAGCUCUCCUAAGUUGUUGAUGAUUUCGAGGCAAAGCUCAAGAAAGCAGAAGAAGGG